GCAGCCGCCACCACCAAGCCCGACACCAAAGAUGAGCAUCCUGGAACCGUCUAAGUUAUUGGAUGAAGAGUUAUACUCGAGGCAACUGUAUGUGCUGGACCCACCUGCCAUGCGAAGGAUUCAGGAAGCCAAGGUCCUGCUGUCAGGGCUGCAGGGCCUGGGAGCUGAGGUGGCCAAGAACCUGGUCCUGAUGGGGGUGGGCAGCCUCACUCUGCACGAUCCCCAUCCUACCUGCUGGUCUGACCUGGCGGCCCAGUUUUUGCUCUCUGAGCGGGACUUGGAAAGAAGCAGGGCCCAGGCCUCGCAGGAGCUCCUGGCUCAAUUCAACGAAGCUGUCCAGGUGUCUGUCUAUGCAGGUGACAUCACUGAGGACCUACUACUGAAUUUCCAGGUAGUGGUGCUGACUGCCUCAACACUGGAAGAACAGCUGAAGGUGAGCACCUGGUGCCACAAGCACAGAAUCUGCUUCCUGGUGGCAGACACCCGGGGCCUGGUGGGGCAGGUGUUCUGUGAUUUUGGUGAAAACUUCAUCGUGGAGGACCCCACUGAGGCCGACCCAGUGACAGCUGCAAUUCAACACAUCUCCCAGGGCUCCCCUGGCAUUCUCACCCUGAGAAGCAAGACUGGCACCUGCUGCUUCUUUGAUGGCGACUUGGUGACUUUCUCAGGCAUUGAAGGCAUGGUUGAGCUCAAUGACUGUGACCCCCGGCCCAUCCGUGUGCAGAAGGAUGGGUCCUUGGAGAUUGGGGACACGACCACCUUCUCCCAUUACUUGCAUGGCGGAACUGUCACGAAAGUCAAGAGAGCUAAGACUGUCAAUCAUAAGCCCCUGGACACUGCCCUGCUGCAGCCCCAUGUGGUCGCCAAAAAUCUCCACCGGACCCAUUGCCUGCAUCAGGCAUUCCACGCACUGCACCAAUUCCAAGACCUUCAUGGCCGGCUGCCCCAACCCUGGGAUCCUGUUGAUGCAGAGGCGGUGGUGUGCCUGGCACGGGCCCUGGAACCACUGAAGGGGACAGAUGAAGAGCCCCUGGACGAACCACUGGAUGAGGCCCUCGUGCGGAUUGUUGCUUUGAGUAGUGCUGGUAGCUUGAGUCCCAUGGCAGCCAUACUGGGUGCAGUGGCUGCCCAGGAUGUGCUGAAGGCAAUCUCCAGGAAGUUCAUGCCCGUGGAGCAGUGGCUGUACUUUGAUGCCCUCGACUGUCUUCCGGAAGAGGCGGAUCUCCUUCCCAGCCCUGAGGACUGCAUCCCGAGAGGCUGCCGUUACGACGGGCAGAUAGCAGUGUUUGGGGAUGCUUUUCAGAAGAAGCUAAGCCACCAGCGCUACCUCCUGCAGGUUGGUGCGGGUGCCAUUGGCUGUGAGCUGCUCAAAGGUUUCGCUCUCGUGGGCCUGGGAACUGGAGGCAACGGGAGUGUGACUGUCACUGACAUGGACCACAUAGAGCGCUCCAACCUCAGUCGCCAAUUCCUGUUCAGGCCCCGAGACAUUGGAAGACCUAAGGCGGAGGUGGCUGCAGCAGCUGCCCUGCAUCUGAACCCCGACUUACGGGUGACCGCGUUCACUCACCCACUGGAUGCCACCACAGAGCAUGUCUUUGGGCACCGCUUCUUCUCACAUGUGGAUGGUGUGGCUGCUGCCCUAGACAGCUUCCAGGCCCGGCAUUAUGUGGCUGCCCGCUGCACCCACUACCUGAAGCCACUGCUGGAGGCAGGCACAGAGGGCACCCAAGGCAGUGCUACCGUGUUUGUGCCACACGUGACUGAAGGCUACAAAGGCCCAGAGUCAGCUGAGGAUGACACCUACCCCAUCUGUACUGUGCGCCACUUCCCUAGCACAGCUGAGCACACCCUGCAGUGGGCCCGGGAUGAGUUUGAGGGUCUCUUCCGGCUGCCUGCAGAGACCAUCAAUGGCUGCCUGCAGCCCCACAUUUCCCUGGAAGACGUUGACGGGCCACAGACACUGGCUUUACUGCAGCCAGUGCUAGGCGUCCUGAAGGCGCGUGCGCAGACCUGGGAAGACUGUGUGGUGUGGGCGCACGGCCACUGGCAGCUACGCUUCCACUCUAGCAUCAUCCAGCUACUGAAGAGCUUCCCCCCUGAUAAAGUGCUUGAAGAUGGAACUCCGUUCUGGUCAGGUCCCAAACGGUGUCCCCAACCCCUGGAAUUUGACGUUGACCAAGAGACCCACCUCCUCUUUGUGCUGGCAGCUGCCAACCUGUAUGCCCAAAUGCAUGGGCUGCCUGGCUCACGGGACCAGAUUGCACUCAAAGCGCUACUCAAGUCACUGCCACAGCCUGACCCACAGCUGCUGGCCCCUGUCCCAGGCCCUGAGCCAUUGAAGGGAUUGCAGGAGGUCCUGGGAGUGUGGCACGAGCACCCUCCUCUGAACCCACUGGUAUUUAAGAAGGAUGACGACAGCAACUUCCAUGUGGACUUCGUGGCAGUGGCAGCCACCCUGCGAUCUCAGAACUACGGCAUACUGCCGGUCACUCGGGACCAGAGCAAGCGGAUUGUGGGCCAGAUCAUCCCAGCCAUUGCCACCACCACAGCAGCUGUGGCGGGCCUGGUAGGCCUGGAGCUUUAUAAGGUAGUAGAUGGGUCACGGCCUCUGGGUGCCUUUCGUCACAGUCAGCUCUACCUGGAUGAAAACUGCUUCAUCCGCUGCGUGCCUCCCACACCAGCCACCCAGACGUUCCAUCACCUGAAGUGGACAUGUUGGGACCGCCUGAAGGUGUCUGCUGGGCAGCCGGAGAGGAAUCUGCAGUGGCUAUUGGCCCAUCUCCAGGAGCAGCAUGGGCUGAACGUGAGGAUGCUGCUGUACGGUAAAGCGCUGCUCUAUUCGGCCGGUUGGUCACUCGCAAAGCAGGCCCAGUGCCUGCCCCUCAGGGUGACAGAACUGGUUCAGCGGGCGACAGGCCUAGCACCCAAUCCCUCGCUGCAGGAGCUGGUCCUGGAGCUGAGCUGUGAGGGUGAGGAGGAGGACACCGCCUUCCCACCUCUGCACUUGGAGCUGUGACAGUGGUUGCCCUGCAUCACCAGCUGUGCUUGCAGCAGGCACUCAAUAAAUGCUUGCUGAGGAAA